UUUAAUUGAAGAGGGUGUUUUUCUUUAUCCUAUUCAAAUUGGUUGGCAAACUCUUUUUGAGCAAAAUAAUAAACAUUUUUAUAUGCAUAUUACAGAAGGGCAUGAACAUAAUGAAAUAAAACCAGGGUAUCGAUGUCAAACUGGUAGUAAUUAUAGGUGGGAUGAAAAUAAGUUAUUAGAAUUAUCUUUAGAAAGUAUUCAAUUUCAUCCAUUUGCUUUUAAAGUCAAAAAAUAUUUAGUUUAUGUAACUAGUUUAGGAAUUAGAAAUAAUAUAAAUAUGAUGGGAGCUGGUAUCGGAUUUAUGUCAUCUUUUUUUGGUGAAUUUAAAAAAAAAUAUGCAUUAUUUGUACAAACAAUUGAAAAAGAUAAUUGUCAAGUUGCAAUUUACCCAUUAGAAAAUGUCCCAAUUUUAUUUUUAGAAAAAACACCAAAUGAUGUUUGGAAAAAUGUUGACUUAUAUAAAAAAUUUUGUGGAACACAAUUAUUUGGACUUGAACAUUCAUUAACUCAAAAAAUUAUUA